UCUGUCGUCAACCUCUUUGUUGACCUCCUCUUGCAGACGGCCGACACACCACACUCAAGGAUUCUACCUCGCUAUGGAUGAACAGCCUCGCGACGUCGUGAUGUCUGCUCCGAGCGAAGCCGAAGCUCCUACCGGAGGCCAUCCUACCGACGCUGCUCCUGCGGCGACAAACAAUGCAGAUUACGUGCGCGGCGGAUCUACCGUCGCGGACAGCGCAGAGGCUGUCUCUGGGGCUAAGUCCGACUCAGGCUAUCAUGGCGAUAAACAAGUCAAGCCCAAUAAAGUCUACAUCGGUGGUCUCCCUGAACACACGCGCAAGGAAGACUUGGAGAGUUGUUUCGGCAAGAUUGGCAACAUCGUAAACAUCGAGUUAAAAGUUGGCUAUGGUUUCGUGGAAUUUGACAAUCGCGAAGCCGCGGAGGAAAGUGUAGCCAAAUACAACGAAGGCUAUUUCAUGGGCAACAAGAUCCGCGUUGAGUUGUCCCACGGCCGUGGCCGAACCGCCAAAUACAGUAAUGAUCCUGGUGCAUGCUUCAAAUGUGGCCAGAUGGGCCAUUGGGCUAGAGAAUGUCCCAAUCACACGAUAGAUGGACAUCGUCGUCCCGGCCCCCCUAGUGAUGCGCCUCUGAUUGACCGGAUUCAGCCUCCACGAGACUAUGUACCGCCGCCGCGAGACUAUCCUCCUGCACCGUAUCGCGAGGACUACCGCUAUAUACCACCUCCGAGGGAUGCCCGCUAUCCCUAUGACUACCCUCCUUCUGGGCGUGACUAUAGGCGACCGCCCUCUCCACCUAGGGAUUAUCGCGACUACCCACUUCCUGUGCGUCCACCUCGUGAAUAUGACGACUACAGGAUGAGGCCGCCUCCGCCCCCUACCCUUUCUACCGUUUCUCGCUAUGAGUCCCGUCCCGGAUACUAUCCGCCUGAGGGUGAUGCGCCGCCGCCUCCGCCGCCUAGCUAUCGAUAUGGACCUCCUCCUCGAGACUACUACGACCGCUAUGAUAGAAGGACUGUCCCAUCGACCGAUCGUUACGCUGCGUACCCUCCGCCUCCGCCUUCCACUAGGUCUCGAACACCACCUGGCGGCCCUCCCCCGCCGCGUGCCCGCGAUGACUUUGACAGGCUACCUGCUCGUGACUACGUGGCACCUCCUGUGGAAGGACGAGGCAGACCUGCGACUCCUCCCCCAUCGUCCCGAUAUGCCGAUUACCCUCCUGCUCGUGGUGCCAGUCCUGAGGGUCCUACUAGGUAUCGUAGACGGCGCUCGCAGAGUCCCCCACCUCGGUCGGCUGCUGGUGGCUAUGAUGCACCGUAUACGGGAGGUUCUGGCGGCGCGCCUUAUACCGGUGGCUCUUCGGGCAGCUUCUCAGGCAAUGGCUACGCCAACGGUGGCUCUGCUUCUAGAGGUUCUGGCGCAAGAGACUAUCCCCCGCGUGGCGGGCGUGAUGCUGGGGAACCGGGCUCUGGCUACAGCAGGCGUCCGUGAAGGAUGCAAUCUGAUCAGAGCUGUCUACUAGUAUUAAUCUAUUUUCGUUGCCUGUCGAUGCUGAAUGAUCUUCUUUGUGUACUCGCCAAAAUAUCUCCUACGCUCCGCUUCUCCGGCGCCUGCUCUUCGUUCUACGCGUUCAUCCGCUUGCUGCGUCAACCUCUCUUGCCGGCAUCAUCUGCUUCGGGCCGGUAUGUAUAAAGUACUGUACAGCGACUUUCUUGCGUAUCUGUAUGGAAGCGUGAUAAUGCUAUGACGUUCCAG